GCCAACGUCAACCAAUCCAAACUGUCACAUACAUACAGUUGGCGAGAACGGUAACAUUACUAAAGCGAUAAACCGGUCCUAAGGAUAAAAAGUGAAAUAAUAAUAAUAAAAAGUCGUUUUCGUGGCGUAAACCGAUCAUUUGUCAUUCGAUCGCGCGGCCGCAGUGCAAUUUAGGAAAAUUCGACACGCGAAAAUCCAGUCGGCGGUAGAUGUGAUUUCCUUUGUGAUCGUCGGUUGUUUAUUUCUUCUUCUUCUUUUUUUGUUGUUGUUGUUGUUCCCCCGUGGUUUUGUUGUGGCGGAGGGACAAGUUGAAUUUUCUGUCGGCACAUUUUCACCCGUCGCCCGUCGCGUGUCGUUUGCGAGAGAGAUCCGGGAUCUAGAAGGCGUAGAGCCAUGGCCGACGGCGACGCGAAGGACCGCUUCGAUCCGGAACUGAAAUUCCUUUACGUGGACAGGAACAACUACAACGAUCCGGCCACACAGGCGGAAUGGACGCAAAAGAGGCUGGUGUGGGUGCCGCACGAGAGCCAGGGCUUCGUCGCGGCGAGCAUCAAGGGCGAGAAGGGCGACGAGGUCGAGGUGGAGGUCCAGGAGACCAGCAAGAGGAUGACCGUGCCCAAGGACGACAUACAAAAGAUGAAUCCGCCGAAAUUCGACAAGGUCGAGGACAUGGCCGAGCUCACCUGCUUGAACGAGGCCUGUGUCCUGCACAAUCUCAAAGACAGAUAUUAUUCUGGACUUAUAUACACUUACUCGGGCCUCUUCUGCGUCGUCGUGAAUCCUUACAAGAAGCUACCAAUUUAUACGGAAAAAAUCAUGGAGAGGUAUAAAGGGAUAAAGAGGCACGAGGUGCCGCCUCACGUAUUCGCCAUCACGGACACCGCCUAUCGGUCUAUGCUCCAAGAAAGAGAAGAUCAAUCGAUUCUUUGUACGGGAGAAUCCGGAGCCGGUAAAACCGAGAACACCAAGAAAGUUAUACAGUAUCUGGCUUACGUAGCCGCCUCCAAAUCGCCCAAGGGAUCCGGAGCGCAGAAAGAUCUUAUCGGUGGAUUAGAACAACAACUGCUGCAAGCCAAUCCGAUCCUCGAAGCAUUCGGUAACGCCAAAACCAUAAAAAAUGACAAUUCGUCAAGAUUCGGGAAAUUUAUCAGGAUCAAUUUCGACGCGUCCGGUUACAUCGCAGGCGCCAACAUAGAAACGUAUUUAUUGGAAAAAUCCCGUGCCAUUCGACAAGCGAAAUUCGAACGAACCUUCCACAUAUUCUACCAACUCCUAGCCGGCGCUUCGGAAGCUCAAAGAAAGGAGUUCAUCCUGGAGGACCUGCGCUCCUACAGCUUCCUGCGCGAGGACAAUCACAUCGUGCCCGGCGUCGACGACGCCCAGGAGUUCCAGGGCACCGUCAAGAGCAUGCACAUCAUGGGCAUGACGAACGAGGACUUCGCCGCCAUCUUUCGCGUCGUCUCCGCCGUCAUGCUCUUCGGCAAGAUGGAGUUCAAGCAGGACCGCAACUCCGACCAGGCGACGUUGCCCGACAACACCGUCGCCCAGAAGAUCGCCCAUCUGCUCGGCCUGUCGGUCACCGACAUGACGCGCGCCUUCCUCAAGCCGCGCAUCAAGGUCGGCCGCGACUUCGUCACCAAGAGCCAGACCAAGGAGCAGGUCGAGUUCGCCGUGGAGGCGGUCUCGAAGGCUUGUUACGAGCGAAUGUUCAAAUGGCUCGUCACCAGGAUCAAUCGAUCGUUGGGUAGGACUAAACGACAGGGCGCUAGCUUCAUAGGUAUACUCGAUAUAGCCGGUUUCGAGAUAUUCGAUUUGAAUUCCUUCGAGCAGUUGUGUAUAAAUUACACGAACGAAAAGUUACAGCAGCUGUUCAAUCACACGAUGUUCAUUUUGGAGCAGGAGGAGUACCAAAGGGAGGGCAUCGAAUGGAAGUUUAUCGAUUUCGGUUUGGAUUUACAACCGACGAUCGAUUUGAUCGACAAACCGAUGGGCAUUAUGGCUCUGUUAGACGAAGAAUGUCUGUUCCCCAAAGCCACCGAUAAAACGUUUGUGGAGAAAUUGGUGACGGCCCAUUCGGUGCAUCCGAAAUUCAAGAAGAGCGACUUCCGCGGCGUCGCCGACUUCUCCAUCAUCCACUACGCCGGCAAGGUCGAUUACUGCGCCAACCAGUGGCUGAUGAAGAACAUGGAUCCGCAGAACGAGAACGUCGUCUCGCUGCUGCAAGCCUCGCAAGAUCCGUUCGUCGUGCACAUUUGGAAGGACGCCGAGAGCCUGGGCAGGGCCAAGGGCAUGUUCCGCACCGUGUCGUACCUCUACAAAGACCAACUGGCCAAUUUGAUGGUGACGUUGCGCAACACCAAUCCGAACUUCGUGCGCUGCAUCAUCCCGAACCACGACAAACGGGCCGGCAAGAUCGACGCGCCGCUGGUGUUGGACCAGCUGCGCUGCAACGGCGUGUUGGAGGGCAUCCGCAUCUGCAGGCAGGGCUUCCCCAAUCGCAUACCGUUCCAGGAGUUCCGGCAGCGCUACGAGCUGCUCACGCCGAACGUCAUCAACAAGGGCUUCAUGGACGGCAAGAAGGCCUGCGAGGCGAUGAUCAAGUCGCUCGAAUUGGACAAGAACCUGUACCGCGUCGGACAGUCGAAGAUCUUCUUCAGGGCGGGCGUGCUGGCGCACCUCGAAGAGGAGCGAGACUACAAAAUCACCGAUUUGAUCGUCAACUUCCAGGCCUUCUGCAGGGGAUUCCUGUCGAGGAGGAACUACCAGAAGCGGGUGCAACAGCUCAACGCCAUACGCAUCAUCCAGAGGAAUUGCUCGGCGUAUUUGAAGCUCAGGAACUGGCAAUGGUGGCGAUUGUACACCAAAGUCAAACCGCUGCUGGAGGUGACCAAGCAAGAGGAGAAGCUCAUGCAGAAGGAGGACGAGCUCAAGCAGGUGAAAGAUAAAUUGGAUUUUCAAAUUAAAACGUCCGAGGAAUACCAGAAGAAGUACCAGCAAGCGCAAGAGGAGAAGACCAUGAUACAGGAACAGCUGCAAGCCGAGGUCGAAUUGUGCGCCGAAGCCGAGGAGAUGCGGGCCAGACUGACCGCUCGCAAGCAAGAAUUAGAAGAAAUUUUGCACGAUCUCGAAGCGAGGAUCGAAGAAGAAGAGGAACGCAACACGACGCUCAACACCGACAAGAAGAAACUGCAACUCACCAUACAGGAUUUGGAAGAGCAACUGGAAGAAGAGGAGGCGGCCAGGCAGAAACUCCAACUGGAAAAAGUCCAGUGCGACAAUAAGAUCAAGAAACUCGAAGAGGACCUCGCCCUCAGCGACGACAUCAACCAGAAACUCCAGAAGGAGAAGAAGGUCUUCGAAGAACGAAGCAACGAUUUGAGCCAAGCCCUAGCCGAAGAGGAAGAAAAGGCCAAGCACCUGACGAAAUUGAAAACGAAACACGAAACCACCAUCGCCGAAUUGGAGGAGCGUUUGCUCAAAGACCACCAACAGCGGCAAGAAACCGAUCGUUCGAAGCGAAAAAUCGAAACCGAAGUCAACGAUCUCAAAGAGCAAAUCAACGAGAAACGCGUCCAAAUCGAGGAGCUCCAACUGCACCUGGGCAAGCGCGAAGAGGAACUCGCCCAGGCCAUGGUGAAAGUCGACGAAGAGGGCGCCCAGAAGGCGCUCGCCCAGAAAGCCCUCCGGGAGCUCGAGAGCCAGCUCGCCGAGCUGCAGGAGGACCUCGAGGCCGAGAAGGCGGCCCGCAGCAAAGCGGAAAAGAUGAAGCGCGACCUCAACGAGGAGCUCGAGGCGCUCAAGAACGAGCUGCUCGACUCGCUCGACACCACCGCCGCCCAGCAGGAGUUGCGCUCGAAGCGCGAACAGGAACUGGCGGCGCUGAAGAAGUCGCUCGAAGAGGAGGCGAGCACGCACGAGGUGUCGCUGGCCGACAUGCGGCACAAGCACUCGCAGGAGCUCGCCUCGCUCAACGAGCAACUCGAGAACCUGAAGAAGGCCCGGGCGAACCUCGAGAAGGCCAAGCAGAGCCUCGAGGCCGAGAACGCCGAUCUGACCAGCGAGCUGAGGAACGUCGGCGCCAGCAGACAAGAAGGCGAAAGGCGACGCAAACAAGCCGAAAGUCAACUAGCGGAAUUCUCCGCCAAACUCAUCGAAGUCGAUCGAUCGAAGGUCGAAUUGCAGGAGAAGACGGUGAAGCUGCAACAGGAACUGGAGAACGUCGUCCAACAAUUAGAAGCCACCGAACUCAAAGCUUCAGCGGCGGCCAAAAACCAGGCGACCAUCGAGUCGCAAUACGCCGACGCGCAACAGGCGCUCGAAGAAGAGACCAAGCAGAAGCUCGCCCUCAGCUCGAAGCUGCGCCAAUUGGAAUCCGACAAGGAGGCGCUGCAAGAGCAAAUGGAAGAGGAGGAGGAGGCGAAGAAGAACAUGGAGAAGCAGGUCAACCUGCUCGUCGCCCAAUUGGCCGAGGCGAAGAAGAAGGCCGACGACGAGGCCGAACAAUCGGCCAUACUCGAAGAGAGCAAAAAGAAGCUCGCCAAGGAUUUGGAGUUGCUACAAAGGCAAGUCGAAGAAUUGACGGCCGCCAACGAUAAAUUGGAGAGGAGCAAAAAGAAGAUUGCCGCCGAAUUGGAAGACGCCAACAUCGAUUUGGAAACGCAAAGGCAAAAGGUAUCGGAAUUGGAGAAGAAGCAGAAGAACUUCGAUAAGAUACUGGCCGAAGAGAAGGCGAUCAGCGAGCAACUCGCCGCCGAGAAGGACGUGGUGGAGAAAGAGGCCAGAGACAAGGAGACGCUCGUGUUGUCGCUGAAGCGUGAGCUCGACGAUUCGAACGUGAAAAUCGAGGAAUUGGAGCGGACGAGACGGCAGCUGCAGGGCGAGCUCGACGAGCUGGUGAACAACCAAGGCACCGCCGACAAGAACGUGCACGAGCUCGAAAAGGCGAAGCGCUCGCUCGAGAGCCAACUCACCGAGCUCAAGGCGCAAAACGAGGAGCUCGAGGACGAGCUCCAGCUCACCGAGGACGCCAAGCUCCGCCUGGAAGUGAACAUGCAGGCGUUGCGCGCCCAAUUCGAGCGCGACGUCCAGCUGAAGGAGGAGCAGGCCGAAGAGAAGCGGCGCGGCAUCGUCAAGCAGCUGCGCGACCUCGAGGCCGAGCUGGACGAGGAGCGCAAGCAGCGCGCCGCCGCCGUCAGCGCCAAGAAGAAGAUGGAGGGCGACGUGAAGGAGCUGGAGGGCCAGAUCGAGUUGCACUGCAAGGUCAAAGAGGACGCGCUCAAGCAGCUGAAGAAGUCGCAGCAACAGUGCAAGGAGGCCGUCAGGGACGCCGAGGAGAGCCGGGCGGCGCGCGACGAAUACGCCGCCGCCAGCAAGGAGGCCGAGCGGAAGGUGAAAACGCUCGAGGCGGAGGUGUUGCAGCUCACCGAAGAUCUCGCCAAUUCGGAGAAAUCGAGGCGUACGGCAGAGGCCGAACGCGAAGAACUAUUAGAGGAAAUUAACAACAGUAUUAGUAAAGGUAGCGCCCUCGUCGACGAGAAGCGCAGGUUGGAAACGAGAAUAGCGACGUUGGAGGAGGAGAUCGAAGAGGAGCAGAACAACAACGAAAUAUUACAGGACAGGGUGAGAAAGGCGCAACUUACCAUCGAGCAACUCACCGCCGAAGUGUCGAGCGAACGAUCGGCCGCCCAGAAACAGGAAUCGCAGAAGCUGUUGCUCGAACGGCAAAACAAGGAGCUCAAAGCGAAACUGGCCGAACUGGAGACGGCCCAAAGGACGAAGACCAAAGCGCACAUCGCCGCUUUGGAAAGCAAAAUAUCCAAUUUCGAAGAGCAACUCGACGUGGAGGCCAAGGAGCGGCUGGUGCAGCAGAAGAACAACCGCAAAUUGGAGAAGAAGAUCAAGGAGUUGGUGAUGCAGGUGGACGACGAGCGCCGGCACGCCGACCAGUACAAGGAGCAGGUGGAGAAGGCGAACGGGCGCGUCAAGAUGCUGAAGCGGCAAUUGGACGAGGCCGAGGAGGAGGUGACGCGGGAGAAGGCGCAGAAGCGGAAGGCGCAGCGCGAGUGCGAGGAUAUGCUCGAGUCGCACGAAUCGAUGACCAGGGAAAUUAAUAAUCUUAAGAGCAAAUUAAGGCGAGGUACGAUGGGCAUUUCUUCGUCGAGACUGAGCACGACGAAACGCGGAUCGAUUCAAACGAGCGGAAACGGUUCGGGAGACGAUUCGACCACUCAAGACGAGGCCAUGGACGGAGACGAUGCUCCUAAUUAGACGCUUUUUUUCGUCGUUUCCCGUUAAUUUAUCACGGUUAUUUUUUUUAAUUUCCGAGCGAAUUAACCGCUUUUUUUAUUUUACCCGAGCAAAUCGCUUCUUGUACAUAAUUAUUAUUUGUCUAGUACUUAGCAAACGCAUUUAUAUUUGUUUAGAUUAAGGUUUAUUUAAUUUCCAAAUUAUACCGUUAUAGAUUUAGUAUAAAAGUUUUUUUAGAAACGUGGGUGGGUGAAAUGUAUAAAUAUGUUAUUCUAUUAAUUUAGAAAUGGACACUAAUCUAAACAAUUAUGAGUUACAAAGUGGCCAGAAGCAUUUAUUUAUUUUUUAAGGCCUGCUAUUGGAUUUUUUUUUCUUUUCGUUUGGGAACACAAGGUGUUUGUUUUUUGCUGGCAAACCCGCGUGUAUUAAUUUACACAUUCAAUUAAGUUAAGCUUUUAUUUAUAAAAAUUUUUAUUAACCAUUAUUACGCCUCCUGUUUAUUAUGUAUGUUUCUAUUAUAACCCGAUGACAAGUAUUUUGUUUAAUUAUGUAUGUACCAGUUUUUUUAAUUUCUCUAUCAAUUUUAUAAGGAUUAAUAAUGCUAAUAACAUAUGAAACUUAACCUUUUGAUACGCAUAUUUUGUAGAAUAUAUAUUUUGUAAAGACAACAAGUUUUAGUCCGACGAGAUUUUGAUAAACACGUUUUUGUAUAAACGAAGAAUUUUCAUGCAUUUUGUAAAUAUCUCUAAGCAUAAUUGUGAGGGAUCAGGGCUCUAUUCAUUAUUUUUACUAAGUUGAAUAAAAUUAUAUG